GCGGGCUUCCUUCCGCGCCUCCCCGGGGAGGAAUCGAACGGCGGGCGCAUCGCCUCCGGCCAGCCUCUCCGUCGACGCGGACGGCGGACGAAGCAGCCCGAAGCCCGAGCAGGAGCCGGUGUCAGCAAGCGAGCACGCUUCUCUCAGGCCGUUCGUCGUAGAGGCAAUGGACGUGAUACAUGGAAUGGAGGAAAAUUUUACAAAAGCUGCAGCCUUAGCUGGGGAGACUGUGACAAUGACCCUCGCCGUCUCAAAGGCGGCCCUUCCCAUGAACACUACCAAUUUGGUGGAAAUUGCGAACCAGAUUGCACAGACUGCUGAAGAUUCGCUUGUUAGCAAGGCCACAGUGCUUAGGGUGCGGCUGAUCGGUUGUCGCAGGUGGAAGAUUCUGCAAGGUCUGAUGCUGUAAAUGAUCUUGUUCUUGAGUCUGUCGCGUUGGCACAGGAAGCAGGCAAUGCAGGAAACGACACACUAAUGCGUGACGCUCUUCACUUGGCCUCUGCCGGACGAUGUUUUCUGCGACUGGCUGUUCUUCAUGAGACAAAGCAACACAUCCAGGCUAAUGAGCUACCCAUUCAAGUUAAUGGUCCAAUGGGAGAGCGACUAUGGGGAUUGAGAUGGACGGGACAGAUCGCCUCAUGGUGGUCAAGAAGGAAGAGAAUGGAUGAUGUCGAAGCCAUUACUGCACCUUUCCUUGUGCCAACUGCCUCACUGGCUAGUGAGUCUACUUCUAGCAAUGUUCCUCAGGUACACUGAACUUUCUAAAAAAGACCAGGGGAAGCUAUGCGACAAAUGGUUAGGCAUGCAAACAUGUGCGCUUGCGAUGUCGCUUGGUUUACUGCCCUACAUGGGACGUGAUGGACUUUUCAAGGAUAAAGAAACUUUUUCAGACAAUUGUUUGUGGAGGAUAAACUUGUUCUUUAAGGUGUGGUGGGGUCUAGUAGCCUUUGGUGUACCUUGCAGCUUAUAUGGACGCUAUUGGAUUGAGGUUCAGUAUGCCCGUCUAUCCGCCCACUUGGCCAUACUUGGUCUGACGGUGCUUGUUGGAUAUUUUUCUCAGUGGAUAUUAGCUAUUGAUGCCACCAACAUCAUGACAUCUUUUCUUGCCAUUAUGAUUGGGGGUUUUAUUCUUUUCUUCAUAAGGUGCUGUGUAACAGGGGAUCUGUGAUGCUACUAUAGAGGGAGCAGCAAUGAAAUUUUGGAGAAGAUUGGUAGCAGUAGUGCUAUUUUGGAGGAGCAAAAGCUGUACAUUUGAAGGCUUCACAUUACAGUGAAUGCGCAUGUUGACUAUCAAAUAGAAUGUGUGAUACACACGAGCCAUUAAGCAAUAUUCAUCAUGGACUUGGUACAUAUCGCCAUGGAAGGUUGUGAGAUGUGUAAUCCUGUGCCACUCUUUUCUGUUUCCUCUAGCUAGUAUAACCUCGACAAAGAAUAGGUGAUUUAGUGCUCUACCGUGUUAAUAAACCAACAACCCCUGCUGUAUAUUCAUAACUGUGAUAUGCUCAGCUGUUAGGUGCGUAUGGCAUAACUGUGCAACUGUUAUUCAGAUCUUAUCUGCUGAAUGAUGUGAUACAAUCACACGAGACAUAUUUGGCUCAUGCAAUAUAUUUUCCAAACUUUUCACCACUA